AUUACUGCUGCCUUUCAGUCUACUCUGAAGCAGGACCGACCCGAGUGGGACAUAGAGGAAGUCCUUGCAGCUUUUAACAUAUCAGUUUGCAUCAACAUUACCAUAAUAGAGACGGUGGAUGUCUUCAGUGCUUCGCCAUACACUGAGUAGGACUGCUUGGAGGACAGUCAUAGACUACGGUGUGAUAUAGUUUACGUCUGCAACAUGGGGUCCUUGCCUCUUUUAAAGAAAACAUAAAACAUUCAAGGCUUAUGGCAGAGAAACGUCGGUCACUGUGUGAAAGAGGAUCGCCGUCUCGGCGGAGUCUGUCUUUGACGAAGAGAAAGAGAGGUAACAGCCAUGCCGGGGACGGCGGCCCCAAAGCGGGUACCAUCACCUCAUUCUUCAGCAACGCGCCACCCAGUAAAGUGGCAUGCCCUCUGUGCGACGAGCUCGUGCCUCGCUUCAAGAUCAACGAACACAUCGACACCCAGUGUCGGAAGUUCCGUCAGGAGAAUGAGCGCGAGCACAUGCUGGUGUCCAGCCAGGAGCCGAAAACCGCGGCAGCUUCCCUGUCACCUCAGCGUGCCUGCAGGAGGACGCCUGUCCAGCAGACCGGGUCAAAGUCACCUGAUCAGACUGGUGAACUUAAGAGCAGUCCUUACUUUAAAAACCAGGGUGUACAAAAACAACAACAACAGGAGGUGGACAUAGGGGAAGUCACAAACCAGGCUAAAGUUGUCCAAAACGUCACCCUUGGGAGCCUGUCUUCCAGACUCUCUGGAAAGGCCCUGACGGUCUCAGAAAAAAAUAAAACAAGGCAGACAGGUGGCGCAGAAGGGGAAGACGGAGAAAAUGGUAAGCUGAACAGUUCUCAAAAAGAAAAUCAAUUAGAGGUUUCCACAGAGCCAAAAUGCUCACUAGUAAAUACCUCAGAAUGGUUCUCCUCUCAGAAACAAACUGUUUGUGAACAACAGGAAGAGCCUGACCUUGGAGUUGUAAAAUCACAUUCAUCACACGCAACUCCUGUUGACUGCAGCAAGUCUUUUUCAUUUAAAAGGAGGUUGACGGAAGUGACUGUAAGGAACGGGUCUGACACACAUGCACUUAAGUCCAAACUCAGCAAGAGAGGCAGACAUGAGAGAGGCCCUGAAAAAGCCUCCCCUGUCACCUGCCCCCAGCAGGCAGGACCCACUGAGAGCAUCACACAGAGAGAAGCCCCCUCAGUCAGUCAGAGCAGUGAGCAGGCAUCCACCUCAGGACUGGGUACGCGUAACGAGCGAGACUCCUCCAGCACUGUGAGGAGAUCAGAGCUCCAGCAGACAGCACCCAGCGAGGGUGUUGGCCAGGCAGCACCCAGCGAGAGCGUUGGCCAGACAGCACCCAGCGAGAGCGUUGGCCAGGCAGAAGCUCCCUCGGCCAGUCGGAGCAGUGAGCAGGGGUCCCACACUGUGAGGAGAGCAGCGCUGGCUCUUCAUCAGGAGCAGAGCUCUGAGUCCACAGAGAAGAGAGAAUCAGGAACAUCACAGCCGGAGCGUCCGAAGUCCAGCACUGAUGCCACACGUGCCAGGGCGGGAACGUCAGGGUCCUUCCGGAAGCCGUAUUACCUCAGGAACUUCCUGUCGGUGCUGGAGGCGGUGCUGGAGCACGAGGACGAUCGGCUGCUCUUCAACCAGGAAGACCUGGCAUCCAUCCACGGCUUCCAGCAACUCUCAGGCCCAGGGCAGAUGCUGUACGUGAGGCUGUUCCAGAGGAAGCUGAAGUGGCUGCAGGUGGAGAAGCUGGACUACGCAGACUACUGGACUACGGGGAACAGCAGCACUGGGGCAGUUAUCCUGAAGAGAGGCAGGCAGCUGGCUGGGCAGUGCGUGCGUCUGGCUGUGUGUCCGCGUGCCGUGUUCUCUCGGCUGCUGCUGCUGUUCUCACUGACGGAGGCGCUGGACGAUGAGACGUCGGCCGCUGGGGGGGGGCAGGGUCAGCUUUACACCAUCCUGCUGGUCAACUCAGGACAGCUGGCCUUCCCAGAGUACACCGUCCAGCGCAAGGCCAGAGUGUUCCGCCACAGGGACGACCUCAUCAGGUACGAGGUGGCCAUGCGCUGCCUGCAGGAGGUGGCCUCAGCCAUGCAGUCAGGCAGCUGGGAGGACGCCCUGGGGCUUUACACAGCUGCCAAGGCAACAUGGCAGGAGCUGUGGCAGAGUGGGGACUUCCAACAUGAGGAAGACCUGCCGGUAUUUCUGCGGUUCUUUACUGUAGGGUGGAGCUACACUCGCAUUAUGUCUCGCGGCGUGGAGAUACUCCAGAGGUUACGGCGUUAUGAGGAGGCUGUGGCAGAGUUGAGGUCUUUACUGGCCCAGUCAGUCUACUGUCCCGACAGUAGGGGGCGCUGGUGGGACCGUCUGGCCCUGAACCUUCAACAGCACCUCAAACACCAUGAACAGGCUAUCGGUGCGAUCCGGGACGGGCUCUUGGACCCGCUGGUGCGGACCGGCCACCAGCUGGCGCUGCAGCAACGGGCCGACAGGAUGAAGGAGUCGCCGAGCCUGAAGAAGUACCGGCUCCUCCUCAGAGACAUGCCCAGCAUCCACGUCAAUGACGUCCCUCACGUCACCAUCCGGGGUCACAUGUUCCCGCACCAGGGUGGCAUGGGUAAAUCUGUCUUCCUGCUUCCAGCGGACGGAGAGGGUGAUGCCACCAUCAUGUGUUCUGUGGAGGAUCUGGCACUGGCCCACUACAGGCAUCUGGGCUUUGACCAGGGGCUGCAUGGUGAGGGCUCCACCUUCUCCACCCUGUUUGGGCUCCUCAUGUGGGACGUCAUCUUCAUGGAGGGAGUACCUGACGUCUUCAGAUAUCCCUACCAGACAUGCCCGCUCGACCUGCACACUGAUUGUUUCUACGGUAACCGGCGGGAGGCCAUCGAGGCGCGCGUGCAGCUGGUCCGUGAGGCCUCGGGGGAAACCCUGCAGGAGCUGCUGGCUGACGUGUGGCACAGGCAGGAGGGCCGAGUGUGUGCGCUGGUCAACUGGGAACGCUUCUCAUCUCUGCAGCAGGCUCAGGGUCUGGUGGCAUGUAUGGGCGGCUCUUUCCUGGCCGAGGUGAUCCUGAGGAUGGCCAGAGACUACAGACACUGCCGUGCAGGCCUGCCUGACCUGGUGGUGUGGAACACAGGCACCUGCCGCUACAAGGUGGUGGAGGUGAAGGGCCCUAAUGAUCGGCUGUCCCAGAAGCAGCAGAUCUGGCUGGAUGAGCUACGGAAGUGGGGCGCUGACGUGGAGGUGUGUCACGUGACCGCCACAGGGGGGCGCACCGCCCACCUGGACUGAGGAGCACGGGGAGUGAAGGUGCUCCACGCUCACCAACCAUAUACCUCCUGUGUGUACCAUACGAAGAUCCGGCCUCCUGUGUGUACCAUACGCAGACCCAUAUACCUCCUGUGUGUACCAUUCGAAGAUCCGGCCUCCUGUGUGUACCAUACGCAGACCCAUAUACCUCCUGUGUGUACUAUAUGCAGACCCAUAUACCUCCUGUGUGUACCAUAUGAAGAUCCGGCCUCCUGUGUGCACCAUACGCAGACCCAUCCUCUUUUAUGUACUAUACUAAGGUGCAUCCUCAGAGGGCUGCCUUGCGUUAAUGUAUGAAAUCUGCUGCUGAAGCUCUGAGAUCUCUGUGGAAACGUUUAUGAAAUACUGUGGGCGUGAGUCAAGACGCAUGGCUUUGUGUUCUGUGAGCCAACAAACUGAACUGUGUGUGUGUGUGGGGGGGGGGGGGGUG